AAUGGGGGUAAUAUUUGCAGGGUAUUGAUGCGGUUUUGCGAAAAAAUGAUGCAGUGAAGCAUAUACUAUUUCAGAAGAUCCCAGCCAAGAAAAUGGUGGUUAAGGAUGACCGUCAGACCAUCGCCGCAGUACUGGUGGAUGCUAUCAUUGAAAAUCUUGGAACAUGCCCAAGUAAGCAAGCAAUGGACCAAAUGGCAAAAGAUCUUGUCGGAAAAUAUCCAGCCCUAGGGGACCCCAGACGCAAGCAUCUCGGUUACCAGAUGUGGUUCAUGGGUAGCAGCGAUGGCUCCCCGGCGAGCGGAUUUUUGGAGGAAAGGCUUAAAAAUCAGCGAAAAAAAAUCUCCGAUAAAAAACUUCUGUCUACUUCAGCUACAAAGUGUAACGAAUUGGAUUUGCCCGUUUUGAAUUGGAUAUCUGAUGACGAGGAUGAUGAUCCAGAUCCGGAGGAAGGAAUUCUGGAGUAUAUUCGCCAGAAUUUUGGAACUGAUGUUGACUCGGCAAUGAAAAAUACCGUUUUUCAACGUCGCACAGUGAUACGCCGACUUAACGCGGUAAAUGUAGAUAUUCUGGAUAAUUUAGUAGUAUCCAUGCCUCGACUUUUCGAUACAGAGGGGAUGAUAACUCAAGAUUUCGAUUGCCGUCAUCCUGCACUGGCCUUCGUGAUGUACGACCGGUGGCCAAGGGUAUCUCGAAAAAUCCUGGAAUAUGCAGAAGAGAGUGGAAUCGACUACUUGAAAAAAUUCGAUGACGUUACAAUACUGGCUUAUUGCGUAUUGCCGUUUGUGCUUCCAUCGUGUGGCCGACGGGCCGCAUCCGACAACUUGGAGGACCAGUUUGACGAUGGAGAACUGCCUAUGGUGACUACGAGAGGAAAACGUAAGGCAAAAGCCGCUGGUCGUCCCCCCAAGAAAACCAUGUCAAUUCUGAAAGCGUCGGACUUGGACGUAUACAAAAGCAUGUUUGUUGUAAAACCGAAAAAUACUCAUGUAGCCGAAAUUCUUAAGAUGAACACACACCAAGCUCCGUUUUUACUUGCCCUGGGGACUAUGGCCGAUCUGCAGUUUGAUUCAUUUUUUAUCAUCAUUCAUAAGGUUGCCAUUCCAUGCGGUUCAAAAUUUUUGAAAGCCUUUGACUCAUUGACUAAGAUUUUCACCGUGUUGCCACUUCCGUUUCCAGUUGAAUCGUUUAACCAUUGGUUAUUUAUUUAUCACGGUGUAUUUGGUAAACCUUGCCAAUCAAAUCUUCCACCCGUUGUACAGGCGUUGAUUGGACAAAUUAUGCAGAAUAUUUAACUGUUUCAAAGCUUGUUUUACUGUUAAUAAUAUUUCAAACAUUUUUUGCUACACUGUAAUAUUAUUUUUAACCUACCUAUGAAAGUAAUUGAAUUGUAAAACUUAAUAGUUGUGAAAUAAUAAAUCGCACUCACACAAA